AUGGACUUUUAAUCCAGCCAACGCCUGGAUCUGUCUCGCGGGUGUUGGGUCGAGAACUGGCCGAUUUGAUGUCUGGUGCUGGAUGAUUGGUGCAGAUGUCGGAGCUCACGUACAAAUUCUGCCGACCUUGCUCGGCGCCGAGAAAGCACGAUUUGCCGGGGGAAUUGCACACGGCCCAUUUUGCUGCUGCCUACAAUUUUUCGAUGCUGUUGAAGCAGACUCAGAAGGGUUGGUUCGAUUCAGGGCUCUGAAGGAAACAGAACGGGAAUUCCUGGAUGCCUGAAAACGUGGCGGAGUCGAGGUCGAGGUUGGCAGAUUGAGACAGAGAUGGGACGUUGUCAUCCAGACAGCGGCACGAUUUGAAAUACCGAAUGGCUGCAUUUGGAGACAGAGAGCUCGAUAGUACCGUGUCAUUUUGUUCUGGUUCUUCGGUUUAGGACCCCCGUGUGCCCGGAAGACGAAAUGUUGAGUCCAGUCGUGAGGGGUAAAGGGGCAGUGAUGUUAUGAUGGAUCAUUCACGAUUCGACACUUUCGUUCUAUGGCAAUCUCUCUCCACUUCGUCGUCUUUUACUUUGGCUGGAUGGUUUUGGGAGAGUUUAUGAAGCAGCAAACGCGUGAGAUCUUCGCUCCUGUUGGCUUCUUGUACAUUGCUGAUACGAGAAUUUAGCGGGAAAGUUGAUUCAGCCACAGGACAACAAAGCCGCCGACAUGCCGAUGGAAUAAUAUUUGGCUGCCAGGGGCCGUCAACGCCGGGUUGCAUCAUUAGCGUAAAUCCCCAAGAGUUCUGGGGAUGCUCAUCUGCACAACUUUUACGGGGUACGGAGUAGUUCCUCUCGAGAUGUGCAUCCAAGAGGCUCAACGGGACAAAAUCCAUCCAUGAAAAGGCAUCCAUGAAUUUCUUUUCGCGAUGCCUGCACGCCCCUCUGCCGGCGUCUUCGGAUGCUAGUAUUCCUUUUGAUGGGCCAGGGUUACGGAUGACUCUCUAGUUCCUCUGGGGCCCUACUUUGUAACAUAUAUUUCAAUAAUAUCAUCCGUCAUUCGACACCCUCCAUUCCUCACCAUGCUAAUCUGUACAAACGCCCUGGGUUUCCUAGAGAAUCCACGGCCGUCGCCGAUUUCCUUCCUAUUAAGGACCAACUUUCUGGGCGCUCCGGAUGGGGUUGCGUUUGACUCCCCUUGAAGCUGUUGCCAGGACAUGAUAGUUUCACCCUCUGAGGAUCUUCAACAGGUUGUUCCACAUCCUGUGUUAUUUUGCCUUGUUGGGCAUGGUGGGUAGCUCGUCUCAGGCGUGUCGAUAUAGCAAUGGACACGCUAUGGAUAGCACAAGUAUCGCUUGGUAGUCUUCCAAAAUGAGGGAAAUAUGCAUAUGUCUGGUGUUUUUUUGGCCAUCGAUAGAAUAACUGAAAGCUAGCUAAAGGGAUUUCCUCUGGUGGCACGAGACAGAAACCCCAUACACUAGUAUGUAAUGAAGCUCGGAGGGUUGCACGGAGUGAAAUAUUUCGCCGCAGCCUUGCUAGAAACACUUGCUGCUGGAUAGGUAGAGCAUUUGAAGAAAUGCGCACACAAUGCCAUGCCAAGGGUCAGAUUCAGAAGAGAAGAGGGCUGCCCUGUAACCAUGUGUGUCUGGUUCCUGCGUUAACUGACACAGAUCUAAAGAAAAACCGACAUUAUUCCCUGAUGUCAUAUUGUUUCCUCCGCCCAGAAAGUUUUGUCGUUGCCCGCCCAUAGUUGUCAUACAUCAGCGUAGCGGCAUGUUUAAUUUCGGGUUGGGCUUGAGCUAGAAGUAUAAUACCUCAGCAUGGCCUUUUUCUUCUUCCUUUUUUUUGUCACUAUCAUGUUACUCGACCCGUAGAGUACCUGAAACUAGAAAAUCUGGUCGAACCCUGCUCCCGGUAGAAGGGGUUUAAAUGAUGGAGAACAAGGUAGUUCUUGAGCACAACUCCCGCUAGGUAGACAUAGAUAACCCCUUCCCGGUAGUACCUGGAAGGUUGUGAGAUGGUUUAAAAUCCAGUUGUUAUAUAAUAAUUGCAUGUAGAGGCAUCGUGUUCAGUCUCUAGACGUGAAAGAAACAUCAGGUCCGAACCAAGAUCUGUCAUACGUAUGUGAAAGGGAAGAAGAACCAGUCUACAGUUGACAAGGUUGCGUAGUAGGCCUUGAAGAACGGACCAGGAGUAACUGUCCUCGGUGUGGUGCUGUUUUCUUGGAGUUUGAUAUGUCUCGGUUGCUGUUCUCCUUGAGAGAUAAAGUCACAUAUAGAUAGAUAGUUGUGACCCCCAGGUCCGUGCCAAGCUGUGUUUGUCUUGUUUGUCAGGUCGCGAACCGAACCGGUUCCUGAACUUUGUUAAGGGGCCCAAUAUAGGAUCUAGAGACGAGACGACAACAUUCUGCAACAACGACAACUCCCGGAACAUACAGCCCGUCCAACAGCUGCGUGUCUGCUGUCCCGGGUCAUCUCCGUCUUGCGUUUGUUUUCUGAUGCACAGUUGGAAGUUCCGCCUCAAAGAUGGGUGAUCUUUCCCCUGGCCAGCUCGUCUGUUUAUCCGAUGGCCGACACGCUGUAAUCCGCUUCAUCGGCAGUACCAGCUUCGCUCCUGGAGAUUGGAUUGGCGUGGAACUGAAUGGGCCAACGGGUAAGAAUGAUGGAUCUGUCCAGGGAGAACGAUACUUCGACUGCGAACAUGGCUUCGGAAUGUUCAUCAGGCCCGCUGCUGUUGUCAGUGUUUUGGAACAACCCAAACGAGAGGAGCGCAAGCCGACACCGAAAGGAGGACUAAAUGGAGCUUCUCAGAGAAGCAGACCGCCGAGCGGUGCUCCUGGUAGCGGUCUCGUACCGAAAAGACAAAGUGCACUUGGGCCGAAUGCUGCUAGGACUCAGAGAACCACCUCCAGCCCUUCGCCAGCCCCAAGGCCUGGGGCGCCUGGUCGAGCUCUCAGGUCCCCUACAAAAUCACCGACAAAACAAUUGUCAACCGCCUCGCGACCGCCCACUACUGCGUCGCGGCCGUCCGCAGCCGCGUCAAGACCCAGACAGAGCUUGAGCGGCCGUAGUUCAAUGGCCCUUACUCCUACUCCCACCGCUGCCAAAGGUUCUCGACAAUCUGUAAUGGGUACAGCAGGCAAAACUUCUCGUCCUCUUUCUCAACCACCACGACCUACCUUUACCGGUCCGGCGAAACGGACUUCUCUGAGACCCACAGCUACUAGGACAGCUAAUGCCGGAAAAAUCGGGAGUGCUACAAGCGAGAUGAGUGAGGAGACGGGUGAUACAGAAACCUCGAAUACGCCCUCAGAGUCAAGUAAACCGACCUCCGCCCCUCGAGCUUCCUUGGCUGCACAACGAUCGGUCUCUGGAACCAAUCCUGUGCUUAAAGAAGUGGAAGAUCUAAAAACAAAGAUAAGAGUGAUGGAGAAAAAGCGAGCGGAAGAUAGGGAGAAAUUGAAGUCUCUGGAGACAUUGCGAUCCGAAAGGGAUAAAUUCGAGGCGAUAAUUCAAAAGCUACAAACGAAAUACCAGCCGCAGCAACAGGAGAUUAUACAGUUACGGAAACAGCUAAAGGAUGCCAUGGCAAGAGUUGAAGAAGCGGAACAUCUUCAAGCUGAACAUGAAUCAAUUGUCGAAAUGGCUGCGCUUGAUAGGGAAAUGGCUGAGGAGAUGUGUGAGGCCAUUAAAACCGAGUUCGAAGCCCUGAAAGAGAAAGCAGAGGAGCUAGAAUUAGAAGUUGAAGUCUUAAGAGAAGAGAAUGAGGAACUGGGCCAAGUGAUGAGCCCGGAGGAAAAGUCAAGCCAAGGCUGGCUCCAGAUGGAGCGAACAAACGAAAGGCUUCGCGAGGCACUCAUUCGUCUCCGCGAUAUGACACAGCAGCAAGAGACCGACUUACGGAAUCAGAUCAAAGAAUUGGAAGGCGAGCUGGAGGAUUUCGCUGCUAUCAAAGCUAACUACGAGAUCGCAAAGGAACAGCUUUUGAUUACCGAGGCGAACAUGGAGGAUCUUAAACAGCAAGUCGAAGCUCUUGGUGCUGAAGAGAUGAUUGAGGAACUGGCCGAGAAAAAUAUGCAGUAUCAAGAGCAAGUGAAUGAGUUGAAAGCGGUUAUUGAAGACCUUGAGAGUCUCAAGGAAAUCAAUGACGAGCUCGAAAUUAAUCACAUGGAGACGGAAAAGCAACUACAAGAGGAAAUUGAUUUCAGGGAGAGUGUCUACCUUGAGCAGGCACGAAGAAUGGCUCAACAAGACGAGGUUAUAGAGGACCUGGAGUAUACUUUGUCUAAAUUUCGAGAGUUGGUCACAAAUCUACAGAGCGACCUCGAGGAUAUGCGGGUAUCGCAACAACUCACAGAAACGGAGUCAACUGAGCUAACCGCACGCUCGAGAGCGAUGAUGGAUCUGAACAUGAAGCUCCAAGCAUCUGUUUCUAAAGCUCAAACGAAAACAAUAGAAGUGGAACUAGGUCGUAUGGCCGCAGAGGAAUCCGCACAGCAUUUAGAGAUUAUGAAACUUUAUCUUCCUGAAUAUUUCGAGAGCGAACGCAACCCGAUUCUUGCCUUAUUACGUUUUAAAAGAGUCAGUUUCAAGGCAACUCUGAUGGCCACCACAGUACGAGAACGAAUAUCCGAUCAUACAUCCGCAUCGGCUGGUCAGGACGUGUUUACGGCAUAUGAGGUUCUUGAGAAGUUAACAUGGAUCGCAUCCCUUUGCGACAGAUUUAUCAAUUUCAUUAACAGCUGCUCUAUUGAAGAAUUUUCGACUUUCGAAGGUGCUUUGUACGAACUUGAACCCGUGGAACGCAUUCUCAAUUUCUGGAUCGAGGGAUUGAAGAAAAAUGAGCUCAAUGAAAAGAAAUGUGCGACUGAGCUCCAACGAUCGAUCGCGCUGCUUUCACACUUAGCCGAAACGCUCAUUCCAUCCAAUUUAGAAUCGUACGCCGAUGAAAUUUACAUGCGCUCAGUAAUGACGCAGACGUACCUGGACUAUGCUGCUCUAUCCUUUUCCCAACUGAGAUCCACGUUACAGGCUAAGCUACCGCCACCUAGCGAUGAUGAUGAGGAGGGUCCCUUCUUAUAUCAAAAAAUAGAUGCGCUGGGUAACCAAACUCGAACUGGGAAACUAGUUGCUGGGAAAAUUACCCGGUAUUUGGAUGAUUUGAAAUCAAGAUGCCUUGCAUUGACCGGAGACUGCGCAGAGCCCUUUGAGAAAUGCGAAGAAGCAGCUAAGGAGCUUGCAGAACUCGCCAGGCAGCUUGGAGAGAAUAUAGUGUUACUGACGGAGGAGGAAGGGCGAACAGACCCAGUCACCUAUACUGAAAUUGCUUCCAAUAUGUCACAGACAGCGAUGUCUCUUCUUCAGCCGUCCUCUGCUGCGGCUGAAUCGGACGAUAAUAACGCUCUCUCCAUAGCUGCCAAUAAGCUUCGCACUUUGGGAUCAUAUCUCGAGGAGGCCUCUAAUUGUUCGUCCGAUCUGACCCAAACUGUUGAGUUUGAACGCCAUCCCGCCCCGUGGGUUCUACGGGCGAAAGAACUUAAGUCGAACAAGGUAAUUUCUCCAGAUGCAGAUGAGGAGAUUAGGCGAUUAAAGAAUGAAGUUCAUGAAACCUCUACUGCACUCGGCGUCAAAGACAAAGCUUUUGAGGAACAGACAAUUAAAAUUGAACUUCUUGAAUCGAGAAUGCGUGACGCUGGAAAGAAAGCUGCUCUAGCCAAGGAUCUCGAAUCUAAGUUCGAAGCGCUGCAAGCGAAGGAACAAGAAUUAAUAGGCAUUGUAGAAAAACAGUCAGCCGACCUACAAAACAUGGAGCGUGAACGAGAUGACUAUAGGGCUCGACUGGAAAAAGCCAAGCGAGCAUCGGGAUCCACUGGCGUCGUGCUUGGUGCAGAUGGUGUUAUGUCUAUCGAUAUAGCUGCUUCUUCCGCCUUGAUGAAGGAAAACGAAUCCCUCCGCGUAGAAGUCGCAAACUUGCAAGCCGCAGUGCGUUUUCUCCGCGAAGACAAUCGCCGUGCGAAUUUUAUGGACCCUUAUUCUGUGCAACGUACAAACCACCUGCGCGCCUGGCUAGAUACUCCCCUUUUUCGACGCAAAGUCGCUACCGAGGACAAGCGGGCGGAAUACAAUGCCGCAUCUGAAUGCCAGGAUGUGCUCACGCAUCUACUGAAGCUCACCAAAGAAUCCAAUUUCGUGGAUCUCAAGACCACGCUUCCCCCAGAUGAAACAAGUCGCCUAUCAUGGCGACCGAUCAAGUCAACAACUAGGUACCAAGUUCUUCAGCAAAGAGAGGAGUACGAGCAAUGGACUCAAUGGAAAGACGAAGUGGUGCGGCGUGAGCGCCUACGAGCGCGGAAAGAAGCCAAAAUCAAAAGAAGAAGUUCGCGUUACCCGGAUACAAUAGGUAUUGCUGCCGAGAUUUCAUUGACCCAAGUUUCUGGCUCGCGAGAAACAACGACGACGACGUCGUUGAACGACGCUAGAGAGCAGAUUCCUCCUACCAAAGGCAAAGGAGUCAUGGAUCGUGCAUGGAAAAUCCUGGGGAUUCAGGGAGAUGACGACUCUAAUGAUGAGUCUGAAUACGGGGAUCCUGGAAAAGUUAAAAUUGUCAAUCAUUAAUAGAAUAGAUAUUUCCCUUAUUGGCGUCAAGUCUACCCGCCCGUCUUGAAGACGUUCAAACCCUAAUUUCCUUCUGUUACCUGCUACUACACUCCCCAUCCCAGGACCUUCAUGGCCGCCACUACCACGCCACAGUUCGGCAUUGACAUUUUGAAUAUUGACUGGCUCUAUCUUCCCCCUUGUUCCAUUUUCCUUGUUUCUUGAUUAUGCAUAUUGCGGACGAGAUGAUCUACCCCACUAUUUCAAAAAUAUGUCUCUUCUUUUCCGCGCCUCCAUGGCCAUUAUUGCUCACCGAUUGCACAUGCAGCUUGUUCGCUUGCCAACCGCUAUAUUUGCUCGUUUUUCCCUCACUAUCGCACCCGCCGCCUACGUACGUAUGUAAGAUACCCAUCGAGAACCUUCUCUUGUUUAAUUGUUUUUCUGUUCUCUUGACUCUUUCUUGUUCUGGUUUGCGGUGGUUGUUUUCUGCUCUGCUUCUAUGUUUUUCUUCAUUUUGGGAACUUGGUGAACGCCUUCCCCAUUCCCAAAUGAGGCGCGAUAUACUGUAUCAUUAGAUUAUACGGACAAUGGAAGAUUAAACAAAUAGAUGGAUAUUUUAUUUAUGGAUGAUAUUACGAAGAUGAUAUUUAUUGUUGAUAGCAAAUGGAGUGAGAUUGAGGCGCUAGCUAGCCCGCCUGCCCCCUUUUCGUAGUACUUAUUUGUCUUCACUGUGCUUGAUUGUCCGUGGGUUUUGGUAUUGUGCUCGUGAUAUAUUAGAAAUAGGGCCGUAUAGAUAACUAGUCAUAAUAUUUUGAACGAAGGGACAAAGCUCGCAAAAAAAGGGGUAUAUUUAAUCGCUAAUUAGCUUUUCAAAGAGGUGUAAUCAUAAAAUCAUAUACAACAGACAUCUUUGAAUAGAAAGAAUGGCAGUAAA